AAGCGCCAUUUCUGUAUUCAUUUGCUCAUUUCCUGUUUAUAUAACCAGGAUAUGUGCUGAAACGUGACAAUAAACAUCAAAGCAACCAUUAAAAUGCAAGUUGUUCAUAGAGGAGGUGAGAAUGCUCUGGGGGCUCCGAGACCAAUGGAAUGGUCUGCAGUUCCUUACAAUGCUCAAGCACCUGGACCAAUUGGAAAACAGCGGACGUCGAGUCUGGAAUCACCAAUUAUGUUGUUAGCAGGUCACCAGAGUGCUAUAUAUACCAUGAAGUUCAAUCCAGCAGGGACAGUCAUCGCAUCCGGCUCUCAUGACAAAGACAUAUUCCUUUGGAAUGUUCAUGGGGAUUGCAAAAACUUCAUGUUCUUGAGAGGGCAUAAGAAUGCAGUCUUGGAUCUUCAAUGGACUACUGAUGGCACCCAGAUCAUAUCAGCCAGUCCUGAUAAGACAUUAAGAGCAUGGGAUGUUGAAACAGGGAAACAGAUAAAAAAGAUGGCAGAACAUUCAUCCUUUGUGAAUUCAUGCUGCCCAUCCCGUCGAGGUCCUCCCCUUGUUGUUAGUGGAUCUGAUGAUGGUACUGCAAAGCUUUGGGAUCUGCGUCAAAGAGGAGCAAUACAGACAUUUCCAGACAAAUACCAGAUCACUGCUGUUAGCUUCUCCGAUGCGUCGGAUAAGAUAUUCACUGGUGGGAUAGACAAUGAUGUGAAGGUUUGGGAUCUACGUAGGAAUGAGGUUACCAUGACUCUUCAAGGUCACACAGAUAUGAUAACAGGUAUGCAGUUGAGUCCUGAUGGCUCCUAUCUCCUAACCAAUAGCAUGGAUUGUUCUCUUCGCAUUUGGGAUAUGCGCCCAUAUGCCCCCCAGGACCGUUGUGUCAAGAUAUUAACAGGGAAUCUGCACAACAUGGAAAAGAACCUGUUGAAAUGUAGCUGGUCCCCUGAUGGAAGGAAAGUCACUGCUGGCAGUGCAGAUCGGAUGGUAUAUAUUUGGGAUACAACCACUCGAAACAUCUUGUAUAGGCUCCCUGGCCACACUGGAUCUGUAAAUGAGUGUGUCUUCCAUCCCCAUGAACCCAUCAUUGGAUCUUGCAGUAGCGAUAAACAGAUCUAUCUUGGUGAGAUCUGAACUGCAUUUGUACGACUCAAACAACAAAGUUUAGGAGCCAGUUGCAAAUAUGAAGACAUUGGAAAGAUAGAUUUCUGUAAGUUGGAUAAUUAGUGACUAUUUUAACA